AUGGAGAUGGAGGGCCGUGAUGAUGACAUCGACGUGGAUGUCUCGGGCUUUCUGGAGCAGGUCUCGCCCCUGCUCGACUCGAUGCGGUCGGAGGAGGACGAGGUGAGGGAGGUGGUGCUCUCGCCGAGCGCUGGGCCGAGCCCUGCUACCCGCAGGCCGACAACUGAUGUGGCGGCGCGGGCUGCGCUGGCGGAGAUGGAGACGGCCGACAUGGCCACGCUGGCAGGCGAGCUUGAGGCGCAUCUGGCCAUCCUCAACGACGCGUGCGACGAAGCCGAGGCGGAGCUGGAGCGGCUCCGGCAGCAGCGGACGCCGUCGGAAGAGGUUGCGCUCCGGGCGCGGCGCAUCCGCGACCUCGAGUCUGCCAUCACUGCCGCCGGCCUUGCGGUGGAUGCGGAAGAUGCGCGCAUGGCCGACGCUGUGGGUGUCGCUCGCGAAGUCCGUGCCUCUCUUGGGCGAGUCUAGUAUGUUCCUGUGUGUAAACGACUGCUGAUCGACGA